AUGAAUGAUCUAUACCGACCACAUGCCAGCAACGAUCCUUGGGGCCCAAUCAUCUCGCCCAACUUCAAAGAUCCCGCGACCACCAACUCCGAUGUCCUCGUUUCUUCGAUUCCCUGGGCAUUAACGCUUGUCAACUUCAUUAUCGCGAUAUGGCAGGGUUACAAGCAGACCAAGGCGGCGAGGGAUCCGUUGCGGAGCAGCUAUGUGUGGAUGAUCUGGGUUGCGAUGAUGAUUAUCAUUAAUCGUAUCCGAGUCAUCGACAUCAAUCGAGAGCGUUCGAACCACAUCUUCCUUGGAGUCACCACAUACAUCUCCAUGGUAAUCAUCACUGCAUUUGUCCUGUGGCUGCCAGCCCAGAUGCAAAUCAGCGACAGAUGGACAAAAAUCGGCAUUGUUUGGGACCGCACUGAGAAGAGCAUAUUCCUCGUUCUCGAUCUAGCUCUGAACUGGUACUUUUUGCGGACCGUCAGAACCAACCUCAUCACCAAUGGCAUCACAAAGUACAAGCAACUCGUCCGGUUCAACGAACGAAUCAUCGUGCUGUCACUCCUCAUGGACGUUAUGCUCAUCGCCGCUACCGCCAUGCCUAAAACCUGGGUCUACAUCCUCUUCCACCCACUCUGCUACCUGGUCAAGCUCAACAUCGAAAUGGCCAUGGCCGACCUAAUCAAACGCAUCGCCAUCACCAACUCCCGCCUUCCCGGCAUGUCUGCCGUCGCGAACGAAUACAAGAGCUCUUGCAGCCUAGACACGACGGAUUCCAAGCUCGGCGCGCACACUUCAAACCAAAGCUCUGUGGAGCUAGACGGCUUCGCCUACCAUCCCGAACCCACAAAAUGCGUCGUCAGCAUACUCAACCUCAAUCAGAUCCGGAGUACGACGGAACACACCGUCACUAGCGAAACGAAUCUGUUUGCUGGCCGCGGUUCGGAAAGGCAGACUGCAAGCGGACACAGGGAUGGAUACGGUGGGAAGCAAAAUGGGACAGGGAAAAGGGUUGAAGAGGUCGAGACGAGGAGUCUGGGUAGCUCGGCCGGGCAUGCGGAGAGCUUGCAGGAGUCCGAGAUGACGAAGCGAGUGGAGGACAGUGACGAUGAGGUUGUGCUUGUGGGGAGGAAGGUGCUUUGGUAA